AUGAGCGGCGAGCCCGAACCGCACGACCCUCGCGCGAAGCUCGACCGCCAUGAGGCAGGCAGCCGUCCUGCACGGAAAGCGCGUACGAAUGCCGAAUUUGUUCUAGGCUAUGCCGAAGAGUCGCCCGAGACGAGCCGCUCGCGGGCACCGCCCGAAAAAGGGACGUCCGUGCAAGAAGGACGUGCGCCUCGCCACUCGCGGCGUUUUGGUCGGCCGGACCGUAACUCAUCCGAGGACUCGAUUGCAAACAUGCCGCGCAAUGACUCGAUCCGGAGCCUGCAGGCGCUGCAGCACCUGAUGGAUCAUCGCUCUGGCUACUACGAGGAAGCGCGCAAAGACUCUGCGGCGCUGAACGCGAUGAGCAACCCCGGCCUGCGCGAAUUUUACGAGGAACAAAACGAAGUGCUGGAUGGAUGGCGCGAGGUGGACGAGGUGCUCGAGAGCCAGUUCCCUAUGGAAGUCAUGCGCCGAUUUUCGGUCCCUACUUUCUCCAUGCCGCAUUUCCGUCCGGAGCUCUUCCUCUCGUCGCGGCGCAAUGUUACGUCACCCCGUCAAGUCGAGGAUGAUGAUGGGUAUGCGACCGAUGAGGAGAGUGAUUCGAUCUGGACGCAUCCCUUCUCGCACAAUUCGCACCGCCGGCAGCGCCGCAUCAGCGAGCGUGCGCUCACGUCCCUCUCUGGAUUUUUCAAUAUGGAGCAGAAUGCGCUCGCACGCAGUAUGGCGUCGGUGCGCAGCGACACGGGCCCUGAGAGUUCGCCCGAGCGUGCGAUUGGAUUUGGACAGCACAUUCGCCAGAGCCACGAUGCGAGCAAACUGGUCGAUUUGCAGGAGGAGGGCGAUGGCGCCGAGAUGAAGGAUGAGCCGAAACCGACCGAAGGUACGCCGCUCAUGGCAAACAAGCGCGACAAGCAGGACCGCAGUCUUGUGCGCCAGGUCCUCAGCGCCAACCCGGCCGUGACAGGCAUCCCCGCCACCGAACAGCCCGAGAAUGCCGAGGCGGCGCUCAACGGAGCGGCGGCCAAGACGCGCGACAUGGUGUGGACCAAGGCAGACCGUGACCGGAACGACCUGCUUCAAAAUGUGCCGACGCACCAGCGCAAGCUGGACUCGGACUCGUUUGUGCAGAUGUACAUCAACGUGAAUCUGGCCAUCAACUUUGUUCUGGUGCUCGGCAAGGUCGUCGCCGUCUUUUCGUCCAAUUCCGUGUCGCUGAUGGCGAGCUUGGUGGACAGUGCGCUGGAUCUGCUCUGUACGGUCGUCAUCUUUAUGACGUCAAAAGCGACGGCCUACCGGAGCUGGAACACGUUUUACAAAUACCCCGUCGGCAAACGGCGUCUGGAACCCCUCGGCGUGCUCAUCUUUAGCGUGCUGAUGGUGGUGUCCUUUUUGCAGGUGCUGCUCGAGUCGAUCAACCGUCUUUUAACGGUGAUGCACCACAAGUACGGCACCGACAGCGGCCUCCCCCCAAUUGGUAUAUUUUUCAUGGUCCUCACGAUUGUCAUCAAGUCGGUGAUGUGGGUGUGGUGCCGGCACAGCAAGAACUCGAGCGUGCGUGCGAUUGCGCAAGACUCGGAAAACGACGUGAUGUUUAACAUCUUCUCGCUCGUCUUCCCGAUGCUCGACAAGUACCUCGGCUGGCACGUCUUGGACCCGAUCGGCGGUGGCCUGCUCUCCCUGUACAUUAUCUCGGAGUGGGUCGCGACGCUGGCCGAUACUACCUCGAAGCUCACCGGCAAGGUUGCGAGCGCGCAGGACGUGAGUCGCUGCCUGUAUCUUGUUUCGCGCUUCUCGCUGGUGCAGGCGAUCUCGGGCUUUGAGCUGUACCAUGCCGGCGACACGAUGGUCGCCGAGGUGGACGUUGUGCUUCCCCUCAGCUUCCAGCUGAAAGAGGCCCACGACCUCGGCGAGAUUAUCACCUACUGCAUCGAGAGCCUCUCCGGCAUCGAGCGCGCCUACAUUCACCUCGACUACAACCCCGCCGGCCAAUCAGGGCACAUUGGCCAACGUGGAUAG